CGCGAUGGCUCUGGGAGGAGCAGGGCAGGGCCAGAGCAGCGGGCGCCUGCCCCGCGCCCCCGGCCGCUGGCCCAGCGCCGCCCCGGGCCAUGAGCUCCUACCUGGAGUACCUGUCCCGCGGCGAUGCGCUGCCCGCCCCCCCUGGCUUCUGCCCGGCAGCCCCCAGCGCUUUCGGCCUGCGGCCCUCGUGCCCCCUGCGCGGUGACCGCGCUCACCUGGGCAGCCGGCUAGUGCCAGGAGCAGGGGCUGCGCCCGACCCGGCUCCGCAGCCGCGGCCCGCAGCGGCCUCUCGCUUUGCGCCCUGCGCCCUGGCGGGGCUCUACGACCCCGGGCCACCUGCUGCUGACUUCGCCGCCCUGCCGCCGAGCUCCGGCUACGCCCUGCCCCGCGGAGCCAGCGCCCAGGUGGAGGAUGCCGGCGGGGGCCACUUGCGCUAUGCUACAUCCGUCUUCUCCGGGAGCGCAUCGCCGCUCCCGGCCGGUUACAGCGCCCUGGCCCAGCACAGCCCCUUCCACCCCUGCCUCGAGGCAGGGCCGGGGUUCCAGCGGGGAGCCUUCCAGAGCGUCUCCCCCUCCCCGGGCGCCUACCCCAAGCCCACCUCUCCGGCCUCGGGGGGGCGCGCAGGGGGCGCGCUCGGGACCUUCGAGUGGAUGAAAGUGAAGCGAAACGCACCCACGAAAAGCAAACUCUGCGCCUCUGGAGCGCCCAGCCCCCCCAGCCUCGUGCGGACCCACUUCAGCACCAAGCAGCUGACCGAACUGGAAAAGGAGUUUCAUUUCAAUAAGUACCUCACCCGCGCCCGCCGCGUGGAGAUCGCGCACUCGCUGCACCUCAGUGACACGCAAGUGAAAAUCUGGUUCCAGAACAGACGGAUGAAGCAGAAGAAACGGGAAAGAGAAGGGCUCCUGGUCCCUUCCCCUGUCGCAUCCCCCUGCGCGCAAAGCCCCGCCAAGCCUGACAGGAAUUCGGGGUCCUCCUCUCCUUCCCAAGACUCCUGCUGAUGCUGCAGUGCCAGCUGUUGUAGCAGCCACUGGCGAGAAAUGAGGAACCGCUUUUUAGACACUUCAAAGGAUGCUUAGAGCAUCUCAGCAGUGUUAAUCCUGCACAACCCGAGCAAAAAAUUACUACUCUCACUAAGGCUACCACUGCCAAUGAAAUAUUUGUGGUGUGUCUACGUAAGGAAUUGUGUCUUGAUUUUUUUUUAUGCAGGACUGUAACAGUAUAUAAUUGCUCGUUAUUGCAAUUUGUUUACAUUUUAUUUAUGGGUAUAUCAGGGAAAACUAUCAGUCAAAACACUCUCGGCCAAUGUCCUCAUUGGCCGUAUGAUUUUUUUUUUUUUUUUUUUUU